AUGUGGAAAAUGAAGAAGUUUUUAUAUUGUUUGGAAUUGGAAGGGGGCUCAAGGCUCAUUGCUGGAUAUUGUGCAGUUACAAAUGUUGCAUAUAUUAUCGCAUUAUUCAGCAUUUAUUCACACAUGGAUGUGAAAAAAGUGAUGAGUGCUAUGGAUGAAGUUAAGGCACUUGGACUUGCUGCUUUCAUAAAUUUCAUGAUUUAUUAUAUCGUUGGUUCAUUAUUACUCGUCGUAGGUGUUAACGAUAGAAAGUACAAAACAAUGCUUUACUACCUCAAAGUGCACGGUACAAUGACAUGCGGCAUUGCCAUUUGCGGUCCAAUAUUUAGCUACUAUUUUGGUACAGCAAGUACAAUGCUUAUGAUAAUCGCAGACGUCAUCUUUCGCUUUUACUCAAUCGCAUGUGUCUAUUCAUUGUAUGAAAAAAUUAAGCAUGAAAAUCGUGAGCGCGAGAAAAUGGAGGCAUCGGAAAAAGCUUUUGCAUCGUAUGGUACGGCGAAUGCAGAUGAGCAUCAUCAUGUACAGGAGAAGUAG